CGACUUUCCAGCUGAGUCGUCAGUUUCGAAUCGCGCGGCGAUCAAACGCUCGACGAAAUCUCGCCGAGAGCUUCUUUCCUUUUAAUUUUUCCUUCAUACGUCGUGUCGCACAUGUUCGGAGAAUACGUGUUCGUCCUCUGUCUACUGGCGGUUUUGCCGCCACGUGGGAUUCACUGCAGUGACGUGAAUGUCACCAAUGUUGCAGAGCGAACGGAGAACGCGCUAGCGAAGCUGGUUAAAAUGUUUUCCAAACCGGGCGCGUUCAAGCAAAUUGACACGCUUCUGGGCGAGAAUACUAUCGAGGCAUCGUACACGAGCUGUCCCAUGGGCGAAGAGGGUCUGGAGUGUCGAAGAGCAGAGGCUCGUCGAUCGGUCGACUGUCCCAGAGGAGAUUGCUUCUGUCACGAUUGCGCCGCCGCCGGCCCCGAUUUAUGGGCCUCUUGCUGUCGCGAAAGCUUGAGAUGCUGCUCUCAUCUCGCUGCAGCUUGUAGAACGUGCGAUCAUCCGACACUGUAUCCUUUCUGUUCGAAGCAUUUUAAAAAAUGCCUGACGCAGUACAACGAGACAAGACAAAAUUAGUGAUCGUAUUAAGAUUCCCGGCGAUUGUCUCAAUUGUGUACAUAGUUGAUUUACCAAUUUGACCAUCUCAUCAAUGAUCUUACAAUUAAAAAAAUAUUCAAUUUGUCCUCUCCGCGAUCAGCAAAUAGUCAAAGUUCGAUCGUAAUCAACAUGAUCGAAUGUUAUCGGUAUUAAAAGGACAUUUAACGGAAUGUAUCAUACAGAUUGCGCAACCAAAGUUUUAACGCCAUGAUUCCAAAUAUAGCAUUUAUCUUCAAAGUCGUUAGACUAGUUUCACUCGAUCAUCUUCGAGUGCGAUUUCGUACAGGGAUUUCAGCUCUGCAAAAUCGAUUCUAUCUGAAAUCGAUAUUAAAUGAUAAAUUUACAGACAAACAUUUAUAUUGUAUUACUUGUGGAAUGAUAUUACUUACAUAAUAAUACAUGUAGAAUUCUUACUUGUUAGAAAAGUAUAUAAACUA